CCCCGCGUCCUGUCGCGAGAUCAGCUCGGCCAUAAGCCCGUGCCAGCGGCCGCGCGAGUCCCUUUCUCCUCCUUCCCCAAGAUGGCGCCGAAGGCCAAGAAGGAGGCCGUCCCUGCCAAGACCGAGGCGAAGUCCAAGGCUCUGAAGGCCAAGAAGGCCGUCUUGAAAGGCGUCCACAGUCACAAGAAGAAGAAGAUCCGCACAUCUCCCACCUUCCGCCGGCCCAAGACCCUGCGGCUCCGGCGCCAGCCCAAGUACCCCCGGAAGAGCGCUCCGCGGAGGAACAAGCUUGACCACUAUGCCAUCAUCAAGUUCCCCCUGACCACGGAGUCGGCCAUGAAGAAGAUCGAGGAUAACAACACGCUGGUCUUCAUCGUCGACGUCAAAGCCAACAAGCACCAGAUCAAGCAGGCCGUCAAGAAGCUGUACGACAUUGAUGUGGCCAAAGUCAACACAUUGAUCCGGCCCGACGGUGAGAAAAAGGCUUACGUUCGUCUUGCCCCAGACUAUGACGCGCUGGAUGUAGCCAACAAGAUUGGAAUCAUCUAAGCGGCGCCCACCAAGAGCUGUACAGAGGAGCUAAUAAACUCUGCAAAACCACA